AACCGAGCAGUGAAAAUGGAGUGGCAGAAGAUAACAUGGAUAUUAGUGUGGUAGAUGUGCUACACCAGAAAUAUCUCAACUCCAACCUGUAUCAGAGCACAAAGGAAACACUGGGGAAAGUGGAGCUUGGACGAGGAAGCAAGCAGGGAGUAUCCAAGCAAGGGCAUGAGAUUACCUAUGCAAAUGGAUUCCUCACCCAGCUGUACUGGGUGUCCAAACGUUCCCUGAAAAACCUCAUCAGGAAUCCACAGGCCUCUGUUGCACAAAUUGCAGUGACGAUAAUUCUAGCCUUGGUUGUGGGUGCUAUCUUUUUUGGUGUAAAACUGGACCGAAGUGGCAUUCAGAAUAGGGUUGGAUCCUUGUUUUUUGUCACCACAAACCAGUGUUUUUCCAGUGUCUCUGCAAUUGAGCUGUUCAUCAGAGACAAGAAACUAUUUGUCCACCAGUACACCAGUGGGUAUUACCGUGUGUCUGCCUACUUCCUGGCCUUGAUGAUUGGAGAUCUGCUGCCCAUGAGAACAGCUCCAGCCAUCAUAUUCUCAUGCAUCAGUUACUGGAUGAUUGGAUACCAAGCUGUUGCAGGCCAGUUCUUCUUCUUCAUGCUAACCCUGGUACUGGUGUCCUACACUGCCACAGCCAUGUCUCUAGCCAUCAGUGCUGGGAUGGAUGUGGUGGCUGUGGCCAAUCUGCUCAUCACUAUUUGUUUUGUCCUGAUGCUUAUCUUUUCAGGCCUGUUAGUAAACCUCCCUUCUAUAAUGGGUUGGCUGAACUGGCUCCAGUACUUCAGUAUCCCCCGAUAUGGCCUCACUGCUCUUCAAGUGAAUGAGUUCAGAGGUCUCUACUUUUGUGGCAAGAAUCCAAAUGUUACAGCAUUUCUGGGAGAUGCAGACAGUUGUCCCCCCAGUAUUUCAGGAGAAAUGUGUUCUGGUGAAGCAUACCUGUGCAGCCAAGGAAUCACACCUACCAGCUGGGCAAUGUGGGAAAACAUAGUGGCUCUCUUCUGCAUGACUGUUAUCUUCCUUAUCAUUGCCUAUGCAAAACUCAGGUUUAUGAGAAAGUUCACAUAGACUCCAGGCUGCCUUUGCUCUGCUGCCUCUCUGUUCUUAAAACUA